CGCUCAUCUUUAUAGAUCUUUGAAAGGAAGAAUAAACGAAAUAUAGCUCAGAUAAAAAAAUUACAAAAUUGCUUGAAAGUAUGAAUAAAGAAAUUAUUCCACCAAAGUCGGCAAAGGGUAGAGUCACAGAUUCACCAGACGUUCGUUAUUCGAAAACGUUAUCAUAUAUUUUGAGACAUGGAGCAUUGAAGGAGGGUUUAUUUAUCAGAAAGGAUGGUUUUAUUAAAGUUGAUGAUCUCCUACAACGACCAAAGUUGAAAGGUCUUGACUACGAAUUAUUGCAGCAUCUGGUUAGAACGAAUGACAAGAAAAGAUACCAAUUGCUUGAUGAAGAUGGCGUAAAAUUAAUAAGAGCCGUUCAAGGUCAUACUUUGGACACCAGUGAUUUAGAGUUAACUCAAAUUCUCAAACCAUCAGAUGCUUCUAUCGCUGUACAUGGGACUAAUCCGGACGCUUGGAAUAAAAUAAAAAAUGAAGGUUUGAAAACUAUGGGAAGGCAGUAUAUUCAUUUAGCUACUGGUUUACCGGGUGAUUCAGAGGUUAUCAGUGGUAUGCGUAAACAAAGCUCUAUUUUUAUCUAUAUCAACUUAGAACAAUCAUUGGAAGAUGGUGUCAAAUUCUUCAAGUCAUUGAAUGGUGUUAUCUUAACGAAUGGUUUAGAUGGCACAUUACCGACAAAGUAUUUUGCCAAAGUACAGAACAAAGAUGGAUUAGAUAUAUAAUUUCAUCUGUUUACAAAUAGUCAAUGAGUGUUCGACAUUACGCUUGAGCCAGCAAAGGUUCUUGCUCAUUAACCAUCGGAACUGUAACUCUUCCGAAGUAAUGGUCUUUUUCCUCUUUUGCCCAAGCAAUAUUAUAUGAUGCCGACAAGCCAGGUAUAAUUUGAGAGACACAAGCUAUCAUCGAGAGGAUCAAUGCAGUGAAUGCUCUGAAGAAAGCUGAUCCUAAAUGACCUUUGAGCUUUGUGUUGGUGUAAAAUAACAUCACGCCGAUGCUGAAGAAUUCUAAAAGACCUAUGAAAUAAUUAAUGUUCCCAUACGUGUCAUCAUACUGCUUACAGUAGUAUCAAAACUGACAUUAGUUUCCAACCUUCGCGACGUCUCUUACCACCUGAGUAUACGUCAGGUUACAUAAAGUCUGAGUAAAAGGACAAACCUUUAUGGCCAAUACAGGCUAUUAAAAUUAGCGAGAACAGGCAAGGUAUAAGAAAAAUGAAAGAAGUUUGGAUAGUAUGACCACAUCGAACAGAAUGUGCCUCCUAAUUUAUUGCAAUCUUCAACCAUCGGAAACUUCUGACAAUGGCGAACAUGCGUUAUUAUACUGCAUUUCUUAUAUAAGCCUAUGAAUGUAUAACCAUCUUGAACUAUCCAUGAUGUUUUGACCAAACUCUCUAGAUUUAAUAAUGCAGAGAUGAGCAAUAGUGAAAAGCUGGAAAUGUCUUGAGUAUCAAUUCAAUCUUGAUAUGAGAGUAUUACCUCAAUAAAUAGUAAAUUACUUUCAUGAACUUUCGGUCGACUUAAUCGUUUAGCAAGAACAGCCAUACAGAAAUACAAAACACAUGUCAAGCAUUCAAGAGACUUCAGCUGAAUUUAAAUUAGCU